AUGAAGUUCACCACUCUUUACAUUGCUCUUUCAACACUUGUUGCAUCAUCAUCGUCAUUAUCACCACCAUCAUCAGAUGAGUUAAAGAUUGAUAUCCUCAAGCAAGUUGAAUGUAAGCGUAAAUCGCAAAAAGGCGACGCCAUAUCCGUCCAUUACAAGGGUACAUUGGAAGAUGGGACAAAAUUUGAUAGUUCAUGGGAUAGAGGAACUCCAUUACCUUUUGUCAUUGGCCAGAAUCAAGUCAUUACAUGUUGGGAAGAAGGAUUGUUGGAUAUGUGCAUUGGCGAGAAGAGAAAGCUUUGGUGUGCUCCAAGCAUUGCUUAUGGUGAGCGUGGUAUUGGACCUAUUCCGCCUAAUGCUGCUUUGAUUUUUGAGACCGAGUUGGUUGAUAUUGCUGGAGUUAAGAAGGAAGAGAGUGGAGGUGAUGAUGCUGAUGAUGGCGAGGAUGUUCUUGAGAAGGAUGAAUUGUAA